CUGGUGCUGCUGCGAGGCCAGAGGGAUCAGGGAACCCCCUCCCGACAGGCCCUGUGGUCAGUCACCUCCAAGGGGGACGUGAUGGUCCACGAGCCUCUCCCUGUCUGGAGGCCCCGGCACACACCUUGCCUGUGACAUGAUGUUUUGGCUGCAGGUCCCGGGCCACCUGCGCUGUGUAGAGUCUAACAGUCUGGGUGUGGUGUGGGGGAUCGGGUAUGACGGCACCGCCUGGGUCUACUCUGGUUCGGGCAGCGCUGCUGGGGAAGAGCCCCCUCAGGGAGACAGGGGCAUCCUGCCCACACAGACAGAUGGAAGGACUGUGUACGUCUUUGAGAACCAGCGAUGGAACCCCAUGACCGGAUACACAGACAAGCUUCUCCCCACAGACCGGUCCCGUGGAGUGAUGACAAUGGCUUUACAGAGUGCACCAAGUCCACCACCCACCCACCCUCGCCUCAGUGGAGCUGGGUGACAGAGUGGCCGUCGACUUCGCUUUCUCAGGAGGGACAGACAAAGAGGGGUGGCAGUAUGCAGCAGACUUCCCUGU